ACCACUUCACUCAUAUUUAACCAAGGCAUCUGUGGAAUUGAUUAAGGUUAACUGCAUGAGCCAAAGUCGUGUUUUUAUUUUGAUAAAAGUUGGCUGAUUAGCGUAUCGGCGUUCGACUGGCAAUGUCUGAGGAAGUGGGCGUGCACUGUUUUUCACUUUGACUGGCAGACAGAUGGAAGUCUUGAGUUGGGCGCACCAACUUUCCCCGCUAAUCUUUCAAAAAGCAAAUGCACCGCAAAUUUAAGGAUUAUCGUAAUCAAUGCAUUAAAUGGCAUCAGUUAUGGAGGACCCCACCCUCGAGCGACACUUCAAGGGCCACAAAGAUGCUGUCACCUGUGCAGACUUCAAUUCCAAACACAAACAGCUGGCCUCAGGGUCUGCAGAUAAGACUCUGAUGAUUUGGAAUCUGAACCCUAAGGCCAGGGCGUUCCGUUUUUUUGGACACAAAGAUGUCAUCACAGGGGUCCAGUUCUCCCCUGCAGGAGAUCUGGUCGUCUCUGCGUCCCAGGACAAGACUGUACGGCUGUGGACGCCCAGCAUUAAAGGAGAGUCGAUGGUGUUCAAAGCCCACACGGCUACAGUACGCAGUGUCAGCUUUUCUCACGACGGCCAGAGGCUGGUGACUGCGUCAGACGACAAGUCUGUCAAGGUGUGGAGUGUCCACAGACAACGUUUUGUCUACUCACUCAACCAGCACACCAACUGGGUCCGCUGCGCCAGGUUUUCUCCUGACGGCCGUCUAAUUGCCUCCUGUGGCGACGACCGCACAGUGCGACUGUGGGACACCUCCACCAAACAGUGCAUCAACUGCUUCACAGAGUAUGGAGGAUCAGCAACAUUUGUAGACUUCAACACCAGUGGCACCUGCAUAGCAUCCUCUGGAGCAGACAACACGCUGAAGAUCUGGGACAUACGGACAAACAAACUGCUCCAGCAUUACCAAGUCCACAGUGCAGGGAUCAAUUGCUUUUCCUUCCACCCGUCUGGAAACUACCUGAUCAGUGGCUCCAGUGACAGCACAGUGAAGAUCCUGGACCUGCUGGAGGGACGCCUCAUCUACACCCUCCACGGACACAAGGGUCCUGUCCUGACGGUGGCCUUCUCCAGGGGAGGAGACUUCUUCGCCUCAGGGGGUUGUGAUGCUCAGGUUUUAAUGUGGAAGACCAACUUUGAUUAUUUUGACUACCGUGAGGUCCUGAGCAGACACAGCCAGCGGGUCACCCCUGACCCCCCUCCUCACCUGACAGACAUCUACCCCCGAGGACCACACCUCCACUCCGCCCAGUCUGGGGCUAUAGAGAUCAGUCCCAUGGUGGCAGACACCCAGACCACUGCCCCGGCUGUCAUAGAGGUGGGCCAGGCCCUCUACACAGCCACUACGGCUGUCAACGGCCAUGCAAACAAUUUGCCAGCACCGCGGAUUGCCAGUACCAGCCUCAACCCCAAUGAAGACUGCCACAGUAGUGGACAGGGUUCGACAUCUGGGUCCCAGUCCGGGCAGAUGGGAGGCAGGAGGGAGGAGGGGGAACAGGGGAUGACGUUCCCUCUGGAGAUGCGCUCAGACCUCCCCAUGAACUUCAGCAGCACCCUGGAACGCAUUGUCCAGCAGCUUGACGUCCUCACUCAGACUGUCUCUGUGUUGGAAGAACGUCUCACCCUGACAGAGGACAAACUGAAGGAGUGUUUAUUCAACCAGAGUCAGAUCCUGCUGCAGGUGCGAGGGGAGGAGAAGGACCGAAGGAGAGAGAGGGUGGAGGAAGAGAGGGAAGGUGAGAGCGGAUCCCCUGUCGCCUCAGCCUAAGGUCGCUCACCUCCCUCUCCACAGACACACACUCCUCCCUUUGACUUGGUCGUGUGUGUGUGUGUGUGUGUGUGUGUGUGUGUGUGUGUGUGUGUGUGUGUGUGUGUGUGUGUGUGUGUGUGUGUGUGUGUGUGUGUGUGUGUGUGUGCCGCUAUGGGUUCUUGUACUAGCAUUUAUUAGUAGAAUCUAUGCAUUAUGUCAUGUGCUGAUGAAGCGCCUGUGUGUGUAUGACCACUGUUGUAUAGUGUACGGCAUAUUUUCUCAUGCAUUCUUUUUCAUACUAUGAACUAAAUAAAUUGAACAUAUUGCACUG